AUGGCGUCUCUAACCCCCGGCGUCCUCUCAAAGCUUCUCCAAAACGCCGGCAACCGAGUAACCAGCGAGCACCGUCAACCACUCCUUCAAGUAACAGAAAUCAUCCCUCAUCUCUCGGAGGACACGUGGCAACCCAACACCGGCUACUUCCUCAAACUCUCCGACUCUCUCCACUCCGCUUACGUCUCCGUCUCCAACUCCGACGCCGAGUUAAUCCGCUCCGAUAAACUCCAACUCGGUCAGUUCGUCUACGUAACUCGCUUUGACUCGGACGGUUCAUCUUCUCCUGUUCCUCUCGUUUCUGGCUUAAACCCUCUUCCUAAGAGAAGACCUUGCGUCGGGAACCCAACUGAUUUGGUUUCUAGCGAGUUUUUGAACUUUCUUACUACUUCAAAACCAAACAACAACGUUAAGAAGAAGAAAGGGUCAUCGUCAGGGUCAGGGUCAGUUCAAAGGCCACACUCUAAUGGAAACAAGAAGAACAAUGUGGUUGUUGAAAUGAGAAGGUUGAGUUUAGAUUCUGCUACUAGAAGAGUUUGGGAUCAUACUAAAACUAAACCAUCUUCUCCAAGUUCAAGUUCAAGAUUCAAGUUCAACAAAUCUACCUCAUCUUCACCUAAUGUGAUAGACAAGAAGGUUUCUGUGAAAACGGAUUCUCAUUCUCCAUUGAAGAAGUCUCUAACUUCAGUUGUGUCACCAUUGAAGAACAAAAAUGAGAACUUGUGUCCUAAAACAACAGGCACACCUCCUAGGAAAAGUGCUGUUGCUGUUCCUAAGUUAGCCUGUGUUGGAAAUGGUGCUGUUUCAAGGCAGCUUGUUAAGGUGCCCUUGAAUUUCAAAACAUGGUAUGAUAAGUUUGGAUCUUGGGAUAAUCUUCCACAACCCAUUUCUAAUCUUGGAAAGCAAGUUGUAACUCAUAGGAAUGUUGCUUUUUUGGCGGCUGUUAGAUCUCUUGAAGAAGCAUCCGCUGCAGAUACCGUGCUUCAAUGCAUGCACUUGUUUUCUGAACUCUGCGAGUCUCGGCAGACACUUUCUGCUGGAUUGCUUGUGAAGCAGUUUUUGGAACUUCAUCUUAGUCUGCAAAGAGUAAAAUUGGCAUUUGAUUCCUUACUUUCCAUACCUCCCGAAACAAAACCAAGCAGCCAAGUUACUGUACAGUCUCUAGUAGAAGAUGCUUGUAAAGUUCCGACUCGCAAGAAUGCUACAUUUUGGAUACAAGCUGCAUUAGAUACCAACUUUUCAAAUUUCAAUCUAUACAAAACACAAGAAAAAAGCGAGGCUUUGAAUGGUGAGAGAUGUCACCAUGUUAUCAUUGAGAAUGAGAAUUCUCGCACGGAAAUGAAUACCGGGGAAUCCGCUGUUCAAAACAAGAAAAGUCGCAUAACACAAGCCAAUCCCUUACAAAAUUCAACUGGUAAAAGACUUUCUUCUUCAAAGCGGAAUCUCUUGGUAGACAAAAACAAAGAUAGAGAGAAACGGGAACAGUCAAAACAAUGUGAACUUAAAGUGGCUGCGAGUUUGGCAGAAAAACUGCUCGCGGCUUCUCGUGAAUGGUUCUUGAAGUACUUGGAGGAAUCUAUAAGUAAUGAAUUCGGGUUGAAAAAUGAAGGGAGCAGUGAAGUUGCAUGUCUUCUUGGACAGCUAAGAAAGGUUAAUCACUGGCUAGAUAAUUUGGACAGUAAAGAUAAGGUUGAUCAUAGGGUAGAGAAGUUGAGAACAAGUUUCUACCGGUUUCUCCUCGAGCAUGUUAACUCCGCAGUUGCUUCUAGUUAG